AUGAUGAUGGUUCAUGUACCGCUGGGGCCGUCGUAUUCGCCGGACUCGUUCUCGUUGGGCGUCGAUGCUGCUCCGCCGCGGGCCUCGCUCUGGUCGUCAUCGCUCAUCAUUCUCUCCAAGCUCGCCGGCUUGCUGGAUCUGGUGGCGGUACGACUCUCGCCAGACGUCUUUCUGGCCGAUGGCAUGGGCGAUGACGUGGUGUACGCCAAGGCCUUUGCACUCGGCCUGGAGAAGGGCCCAAACGUGGCGCCAGCAGAGCUCACCAUCGAGCGCGAGGUGGCGGCCGCUCACGACGGCGGCAUCGCGACUGCGGUCGUCUCCUUCCGCUCGCCGGUUGCCGACCUUCUGGAGGAGGAGGCCAAGACGGCGCGGGCCGAGAUCGUUGCGCCUGUGACCGGCCCUCCGCCGCAGCGGCUCGAGGAUCUGGUUGCCGGUGCCGAUGUGGUCAUCCACUGCCCAAUGACCGGCGACAUCGGGUUCUCCUUCCGCCGCAGGUCGUACGCACUGCCGCUGGCGACGAGCACCGGCGCGGUAAGCAUCAUACUGCAGAUCGCGUUCUACGGGCCGCGCCGGCCAGCGAGCAUGGGCGGGCGCUACGGGCUCCCGACCGUGGCGCAUGUGGCAUCGCAGGGCGCGGCUGUUUUUACCGAGGCCCGUGCCCUCGCCGAGUGGGCCCGCGCUGCCGGCUCCCGGACCAUCACCUACGCCGGAGUCUCGUUCGGCGGUGCGAUGGCCUCCAUGGCUGCCCUUCUUGAUCCGCAGAGCCACGCCGUGAUCUCGACCGUUGGCACCCACUCACCGGCGCCGCCAUUCUCUCAGGGCCUCCUGGCUCAAACCGUCGACUGGCCGGCCAUCGGCGGACGGUACGGCCCGGUCGGACGCGCCCUGUGGGCCAUUUCCACAGACGCCAUCCCGGCGCCGUCCACAAGUACCAGCUGCAAGCGCAUCGCCCGCAUCCUCUACGCUGCCGACGACAAGUACAUUCCCCGCGAGGCCUCAGCUUCGCUCUACGAUGCGCUGGGCGCGAGCUCAGCUACCGUGAGCCUCACCCGGGCCGCAAUGCCCGGCGGCCACGGGUGGGCCAUCAUGUGCGCCCGUCGCCGCCACGUCGCCGCCAUUGUCGACGCGGUUGCCGCCCAGCUUCAACUCGUCGACUAGCCCGCU